AUGUCAGCCCAAGAAUAUUACGGUGAUAGCAAGGCUUCAUACAGUCGUCCACAAGGUCCACCCCCAAGUAGUGAUUAUUAUGGUGGUGCUUCAAGAGGCUAUCCGCAAGGCGGCGGCGGCGGCGGCGGCGGAUACUAUCAGCAGCCACCCCAACAACACUACCAACAACCACCACCACAAUACACUCAACCAGGCUACCACGGCGGCGGUGGAUAUCCCCAACAAGGUGCUCCCCAUCAAGGUGGUUACGGUGGUGGUCAGCAGCCCAUCUACGUUCAACAGCAGCCUCCACAAAGGGGUAAUGAAGAUUGUCUGACAGCAUGUCUGGCGGUGUUAUGUGUUUGUUGUACACUAGACAUGUUGUUCUAA